CCAGCCACCAGAUGAAUCAAUGCUUUUUGCAGGAGCCAGGAGGUAAGCAUUUUACUUGUUGCCGCAAGAUAGAGCGAGCGCAAGGGAGAAGCAGCGGCUCUCAGGGUUUUCCGGCGACGCGGUGGUGUUACAGUGGCUCAACGCGCGGCUGUUCCGGGUGGGAGCUCUUUUAUUUGUGAAAUAGGUGGGAGGAGCAACAUGACAACAGCGGCUUCAAGCAAACCUUGUACAGGAGGUCAUAUGCAAUACUAGAUUGUGCAAUCUACUCGUUCCACUCUGAAUCUACACCGCUGGAAGAUCCAUGAAGCUCUCCAUCGACGACUGCUUAUGCUUCUUAUGAUCAGUCAAUAUCUGCACUCCCUCUAAUUGUUCCUGUCAGCUGCUUGGUCAGUAUCGUUUACUUGGGCAGGCACCCAUUACCUAAGCUCCAUAUCUUCGUAGCACUACAAGUUGUCGUGGGAUUAUUGGUAUGUGGUUUUCUUCAUAUAUCUUUCUUGGGUUGCAGGCGUGUGAGAUCCACAAAUGCGGUCACAUCCUCUAAAAAUUACCUUCAAGUUGAAAAAGGAAGAAAAUGACGUCACGGAUUCCACUUUCCCUUGUCACCUGAAUAGAAAACCUCAGGAACCCAUAAAUGUUUCUUCUUCAGAGGAAGAAAAUGUUGGCUCACAAGAUACGGAGGAUGAAGAUGAUCAAGCUCAUGAGAAUGUUUCAAAUCAAUUGGUGGUUUAUGAUCCUGUGGCCAACGGUAUGGGUGAAAUUGAACCUGUCCCUAAUCCAAUUGAUUGCCAGCCUCCCCCUUUUUUGAAAUACGCAGCCACAAAUCCAUCUCCCAGAGUUUUGCCAUCUGUAGGGGCUUUCACUGUCCAAUGUGCUAACUGUUUUAAAUGGAGAUUAAUCCCGACAAAGGAAAAGUAUGAAGAAAUUCGUGAACAUAUUCUAGAGCAGCCUUUUGUCUGUGAAACUGCUCGUGAGUGGCGGCCUGAGGUAUCAUGUGAUGAUCCACCUGAUAUAUCUCAAGAUGGCAGCAGGCUGUGGGCAAUUGAUAAGCCUAACAUUGCUCAGCCUCCUCCUGGAUGGCAACGAUUGCUACGGAUUAGAGGGGAAGGAAGCACGAAGUUUGCGGAUGUGUACUAUGCUGCUCCAUCUGGCAAGAGACUUCGCUCAAUGGUGGAGGUACAGAAGUACUUGCUGGAACAUCCUGAGUAUACUAGCCAAGGGGUGACCCUCUCUCAAUUUUCAUUUCAAAUUCCUAAGCCUUUACAGGAAAACUAUGUUAGAAAACGCCCUGCUCGUGUGAUAGCUUCUUGUGAUGGUGGUAACAUGGUGAUGCCAAGACCUCUUGAACCCAGUGAAGUGAAUCCCCUGGCAUGGGCACGCCCAGAUGAUUGUACAGACUUGCGACUUGGUCAGCCAGGGUUUUCGGCUUCAUACUGUGAGUCUCCUGUUGGACGACCAACAAAGAAGCAAGCCAAGAAAGCCCCAUCAAAACAGAUUUACCCUAGUGAUUUAGUGUAUAAUCAGCACAAGGUCAAGAUAGAAAGUCCUUGUCGAUCUAUAAAUGAUGAAAAUGAUCUGUAAAGUUCUGUUUGGGUCUUUCAUAUUUUGGCAGCUGAAGGCUCGUACGUUUCUACUUUGGUUUUUUUUUUUUUGGUUGCUUUCUAAUAUGGUAUGUAUCUAAUUGGGGAAGGUGGUUUUUGGUGGGACUCCUAUGUGCGAGUUGGGGAGUUGGAUGAUGUUAUAGCUUGUUUUUGAUGUGCAAGAAGGUUGUAUAAGUGUUGUAUAUGUUAAAAUGAAAUGGUGUGGAGCCCUGUUGCGACUUCAUGCUCGAGUGAAAAUAAAGGGCGAAAAAAAAGCAUUUUAAAAA